AUGAACUCUGGAAACGAUAACUGGCACUCCUCCAGUGGGCCGCCGUCGCAUCCUGGCAUCGAUCAAAUGAACCAGCAGCCUCGGCCCCUGGGGUCAUUCAGCCAGAAUCCCUCUCAGCAACCCCAGGCCUCGCAGCCCUCGGGCCCAGUACUUCCCCCUCCAGGUGGACCCUACCACCCUAGUCAGUCGGGUGGCCAUUCUCUUCCUGGACUGGCAGAAUUAAGCCAGACCCACGGAAAUCCGCACCAACCUUCCGCGUACGGCCAGCACCCAGCAGGCCCGUCGCAUAACAGCGGCCAUUCUCUUCCCGGAAUCGGUCAAGCCAUGCAACAUGCUUCUCCCCAGCUCAACCGCGAGCGGGAGCGGGACUCCAGGGAGCGCGAGAUCAUCGAGCGUCAGCGCCACGAAGAAAUGGCGCACCGCGAGCGUGAGCGUGAGCGCGAGCGCGAUCACCGCGAACAAAUUGAACGGCAGCUAGAACGCCGUGAACAACCCCACCACCCUGUCCAGAGCCACACUGGCUCGAUCCCCCUCCAUCAACCCGUGGCCAAUAAAGUCCCCAACUCCAUCCAUGGCCCGGGCGGACUCCUCUCGACCCUUGGCGGAAAUCCGCAGAACAGCCACCAGGGCGGGCCUCAGUCUGCUGCUGGCUUGUUUGGUCCUCAGAUGCAGCACGGCGAAGGCACACCUCGCUCGUAUAUGCAGCACCCUGGCGGUCCACCAGGACAGCCUAUGAUGGCGUACAAUGCCGCUGGGCAGCAAAUUCCAGGAAAUGUUGCAGCUCUUGCCCAGGGCCAGCAACCGAUUCUAAACGAUGCUCUCAGCUACCUCGACCAGGUCAAGGUACGCUUCGUUGACCAGCCAGAUGUCUACAACCGUUUCUUGGAUAUCAUGAAGGAUUUCAAGAGCCAGGCUAUCGAUACGCCUGGAGUGAUUCAACGUGUUUCGACACUUUUCAAUGGUCAUCCCGCUCUUAUUCAAGGAUUUAAUACCUUUUUGCCCCCCGGCUACCGCAUUGAGUGCGGUACCGAAGACAACCCUGAUGCGAUUCGGGUCACAACCCCGUCUGGCACAAAUACACUCAGCAUGCCACGUGCAGGACGUCCCUUUGAGACAAUUACCAAUGCACCUCCCUCCGGUGAUCCACAUGCUCGGUCUGACUUCUAUCGUGACCAAGCUCGACCUGGCUGGCAACAAGGGCAGCAACAGGAUCAGCAGCAAGGCCCCGCCUCUGGAUCGUACUCUCCUGGCUCGAGAAUGAUGGGCGGCAUGUAUCAACAAGAUGGACCAGGACCCGCUCAGGAGCACCACUAUGGCUACCCCACUCAACAGGACCAACAAGCUGCAUCCGCCAUGACUCACCAGCAAGACCACCGUGGAGUGGCACAGCUGCAAGGCGCUGCCUCCGCAGCAUCCGCUGGACUUGGCAGGUCGUCUCUCAUGGGAGUUUCGGGUGCUGGACAGAACUCUAGUCUCACUCAGCCGAUGAACAAUCUGGCUGGCGUCGGGACUGGUAUGCUCCAGGGUGCUCAGGAUCUGAACAAGCGCGGUCCAGUGGAGUUCAACCACGCCAUCAGUUAUGUGAACAAGAUCAAGAACCGCUUCUCAAGUGCGCCGGAGAUCUACAAGCAGUUCCUCGAGAUACUCCAGACUUACCAGCGGGAGUCAAAGCCUAUUCAGGAUGUCUAUGGACAGGUUACUCAGUUGUUUAACACUGCCCCGGAUCUCUUGGAGGACUUUAAACAGUUCCUGCCGGAAUCCGCCGCGCAUGCCAAACAAGUAGCUGCGCAGCGCCAAGCCGAAGAACAAGCUCCUCUUAGCAACCUCCGUGGCGAACCUGCAGGUUUCACCUCCCAGACUCCUAACCGUGACGUCAAGAUGCCUCCUCUGGGCCAGUUCAAUGUGAAGGACCCUAAGGAAAACAAGAAGCGACGUGGUGGCCCAGGUGGUGUUGGCUCUAUCUCGGGGCCUGCCGGUGCCGAAGCUGCUCGCUUGUCUGAGGCAAGCAGAGGUGGCCAGAGUUCGCAAUUCGGUAACGCGAGCAAGCGACCAAAAUACCACCAUGGAAAGCCUUCUGUUGACAUGGCAAAUGUCUCUCCCACUUUGAUUCCUGCUCUCCCAGAGCCUCUUCCUCCCUCGGUCUCCAUGACUCCUAGCCAGGAAGAAAUCGCGUUCUUUGACCGCGUGAAGAAGUUCAUCGCCAACAAGCAAGUGUUCAGCGACUUCCUGAAGCUUUGCAACCUGUACACAACAGAUCUCCUCGACCGCCACAUCCUGGUGAAGAGGGCCGAGGGAUACAUCGGGUCCAAUGCUGAGCUCAUGAGUUGGUUCAGACGUUUCAUGAGUGCCGAAGAGCCUGAGGAUAAAAUCAUCGACCCUAAGGCGAACCCGGAAUCAGGUGUCGUCAACCUGGCUCACUGCCGGUCUCUGGGACCGAGUUAUCGACUUCUUCCUAAGCGUGAGCGCCAAAAGCCCUGCAGUGGGCGCGAUCCGCUUUGCAACGGUGUUCUUAAUGACGAUUGGGCCUCACAUCCCACCUGGGCUUCGGAAGAUUCUGGCUUUGUUGCGCACCGCAAGAACCAGUAUGAAGACGCUUUGCACCGAAUUGAAGAAGAUCGCCACGAUUACGAUCACCACAUCGAGGCUUGUACCCGUACCAUCCAGCUGAUUGAGCCCAUUUGCCAGCAAUUCCUUUACAUGAGUGAUGCGGAACGCAUGGCAUUCAAAUUGCCACAAGGUCUCGGUGGCCAAAGCGAGGCAAUUUACCAGCGUGUCAUCAAGAAGAUUUACGACCGUCAACGCGGCGAGAAGGUCAUCCGAGACAUGUUCCUUCGUCCAUGCCACGUCCUUCCUAUCGUUCUUUACCGCUUGAAGCAGAAGCUAGAGGAAUGGAAGGCCUGCCAGCGCGAGUGGGACAAGGUCUGGCGCGAACAGAUGCAGCGAGCAUACUGGCGCAGUCUUGACCACCAAGCCAUCGCAACCAAGCAGACUGACAAGAAGCUCUUUGUCGCCAAGAACAUCCAGCAAGACCUGCAGACUAAGUUUGAGGAUGGACAGGCUGGUCGCAAGAGCGGCCGGACCCCACUCAAGUUCCAGGCUGAGUUCCAGUUCAACGAUACUCAGGUCCUCCUGGACGCUGUCUACUUGCUUUUCUUGUACUUUGACCGCAACACCAAUGGCUUUGGCGCUGAUCCUCAGCGGCUCAUGAACUUUAUCAGGGAUUUCAUUCCUACUUUCUUCGGCCUGGACCGUUACACCUUCAACCUGUACAUGGACGAAGUCUACAACGCCAUCAAUGAUGACGAUGACACUUAUGCCAAUGAGGAUGCCUCGAACGGGAGCCGCAAGGGGGCGGACUUGCAGAAGCUGGAUCUUCUGCGUGAUGCCCUUGAACGCGGAGACCAGACUGAGAAGCCCGUUAAAGUGGAUGGUGUUCUGAACAACCAUGACGAACCCCCUGUUAUCCAAGUUUCUUCCACUGUCUCUGAGUCCGAGGAUUCCUUUGAUGUGGCUGAACUGCGCUGGAUGGAACAUCCCGGAAACGGCAACUUCAAUCUUGAGCAUGAAUACACACUCAACGAGAAGUACAAAAAGAAGGAACACCACAUGUACUGCAACCUGAACGUCUUCUGCUUCUUGCGUACCUUUGAGAUCCUCUAUUCGCGUCUCCUGCGCAUCAAGGAGCAAGAGGAGUCAGCCCGCGAACAAGUACGACGCGGUGUUCUACCCAAGGCUGCCCACGAGUUGUGCUUGAUCGACCGAUUCCCUGGUGAUUUCUUCUAUGAUGUCGCUCCCGAGGCCAACCUUUACAAGCAGAUCGUGCGCAUGUGCGAGGAGGUUAUCAAGGGCGAUAUCGAUCAGGUUCACCUGGAAGAGACCCUGCGUCGCUUCUACAUGCAGAGCGGAUACCUGCUCUACAACCUGGAACGUAUCUUCUCCUCCAUUUCCAAGUUCGUGUCGUCUAUCUUCACCGGUGACUCCCGCGACCGCAGCUCGGAUAUUGUCAAUCUUUUCUUCAAGGAACGGGAGAAGGAGGAGACUACCCACCACCAGGAGAUCCAGUACCGCAAACAAGUCGAGCGACUGGUCAAGGAUGGAGAUAUCUACCGUAUUACUUUCUACCCAACUGACCGCCGUGUCACCGUGCAAGUAAUGACCAGCGAAGACGCAACCCUCAACAACGAUGAACUCACCCCAGAAGAGCGCUGGUCUUACUACGUGACCGCCUACUCGAUGCGCGACCCAACCGAAGGCGUGCAAUUCUCCAAGAUGCGCAUGCCCCUACUGAAGCGCAACCUUCCUCCGAAACUCGAAGAAGACGAAGAGUACGAGCGCUACUACCGCAGCCUCCAGCACCACGACGGCCUGACCAUCCGCAUCUGCGCCAACAACUACACAAUGCUGUACCAGCCACCCACCCACGACUGGUUCUGGCGCUCCAACGCCCCGAUCCCGGAGAAAGACGCCGACGCCGACGCCAUCCAGGCCCAGGUCGACGACCUCGCCAAGGAGAAGGCCGCGCUGCGCGAGAAGCGCCAUGACCGCUUCGUGGAGAAGUUCGUCAACAACCCGUCCUGGGCCCGCGGCCUUAGCAAGGACCAGGUCGAUGAGAGCAACCAGCGCUUCCGGUCUUGGGUUGAUGGGACCCUCUCUGACAGUCCUGGUCCGGCCCGUGAGGGAUCUGCGUCUGGUUCUGGCUCCGCGGCCCCCGCUAAUGCGGAGGCGGAGAAGGAUGAUGGCGCAGAUGUUGAGAUGACCAAUGCGGAGCCUACUGAGGCGUAG